AUGGAGUCUUGGUUAAAGGUCUCGUGUGUGCUCUGCAUUUUCGGAUUCCUGCGGGAAUUCCAUCCAUCCGAUCCCUACCACGCGGAGAUCCUGAUGGGCGAGUGGUACCAAGUCACCCAGGAUGAGGUCAAUAGAUUCGUCUACCCAGUUGGCACCUACGCCUACCUGGCGCUCCUUAUAUUCGUCUUCCUGAUGACCGACUUUCUGAGAUAUAAGCCUGUGAUCAUUGCUAACAUUUUGACUGGGAUAUUCCAUUGGGGCACACUGAUUUGGACCAGCACCCUGCCGGGGCUACAGACAGUAGAAGUAUUCUAUGGCUUCUACCACGCGGGUGAGGUCGCCUACUACUCGUACAUCUACGCCCAAGUGGACAAGCAGUACUAUCCCAGGGUCACCUCACACACGCGAGCGGCUCUGCUCGUAGGCAAACUGGUGGCAGGACUCCUGGCGCAACUAGUAAUUGGCUUGGAUUGGAUGAACUACAAGCAACUACUCUACAUCACGGUCAGCUCUCAAGUCAUGGCGUUGCUGUGGGCUUUUUCCCUGCCCAAGGUGGACAAAAGCGUAUACUUCCACAAUCGAACGGAAACCAUAAAGGAUGUAAUCACUCCCGAUACCGGUGGGCUUGAGAAGGGUCCUGAGCACGUUAAAGCGGAGGUCACGGAUGCCAAGGUGACACCCAUCCCAAGUAAGGGUGUCCAUGCCUUGCAGCUCCUAUGGUCGCAUUUCCACAGCGCCUAUACAAAUUCCUUGGUGGUGCAGUGGAGCCUGUGGUACGCCAUGAGUCUGGCAGGCUUUCUCCAGGUUACCACCUACAUGCAGGUGGUAUGGAAAUCCUUCGAAAACGAGCCAACAAUUGUUUGGAACGGGGCUGUCGACGCAGCUCUGACCCUGCUAAGCGCAGUUUUUGCUCUUCUGGCCGGGUAUUUCCAUGCCGGACGUCUGAGCUCCAGCACCAGCAUGCUCUCGAUGGCCCUGCUGUCCAUCCUGGAGGGAGGAUGUGUGCUUCUGGCUUGCUGGACCUCCAACAUAUACCUCUCCUACUUGGGCUAUGUGCUGUGCGGCGCCUUGUUCGCAUUUACCAUAACGGUGGCCAGUUCUGAGUUGGCCAGCAGUUUGCUGGAGGACAGCUUCGCCUUGGUGUUCGGGUUCAACACCUUUGUGGCUCUCAUCCUGCAGGUCAUCAUGACGUUUGUGGUCGUGUCGGAGAAUGCCAAUCUGAAUCUCGAUGUCUUCCAACAAUUUACUGUUUACGCCUUUUACUUUAUAGUCAUUGGAGUCCUUUAUUUUGUUGCAUUUCUUCUGAAAUAUGUAUUGUCAUGCUUCAGAAAAUCGAAGCUAAUUAUUAAGGACGUAAACUAA